CAACCAUCAAGUAACAGUACAGGGUUUGACAUUGAAUCAACUGACUUGGCUUAGCUUCUACUUUAAGUAGAAUGAGUCUAUUAAGAAUGCAGACAUUUCAUCGACUACUGGUCAACACAACACAAAAAAGCCCGAGUCCAACCUUGUUGAAACACUUGGAUAUAAGAAGCCGAUUUCCAAGUGUCUGGAGGAGCAGCGCAUCAACUCUUCGCUACCAACCACUAUCAACUAUUUUCUGCCAACAAGUAUCAUUCCCAGAUAUUGGUCUGUUUCGCACUGCGGUUUCCAACAUAUCCAAAAUAGCCAUUGCGAUUCCAUCCAAUAACAAUACAUCGAAUUCAAGCAAGACUGAAGCCCAUUCAACAUGUGAACAGUUUUCAUAUGGCGAUCUGCUCCAUGAUACUGUGAUAAUACAGAGCCUACUGCUAUAUGCAAACAAAAAGACUCGUUCAAAAAUCAGCGAUCUCAAGGAACAGCGAGUGGCAUAUCUGAUGCCUAGAGGAUAUGACUAUGUGAAAUGCAUGUCUGGGAUUUGGGCCGCAGGAGGAAUUGCUGUUCCGUUAUGCUCAUCCCAUCCUGUUCAAGAAUUAAGCUAUACAAUCCAAGAUUCGGGUGCAGAAAUUGUCUUGUACCAUUCCACAUUCAAUGAUCGGAUUACCGACCUAAAACGGCAGCUUCCAAAUAUUCAAUGGAUUUCAUCUAACGAGCUUACAUUAUAUCAAAAACCUAAAGCUAUUGACGUGGAGCUUCAAGAUUUUGAUAUGUCUAGGGGAGCAAUGUUGAUUUACACCAGGCAUGGGAUCAUAAAUGCAUUACUUUGUGCAUUAUGGUCCGGUGCGACUUGUGAGUUUACUGCAGACUCAAAAUUUAAUGCCAAGGAUAUAUGGCAAAGAUGGGAGUGCUCACAGCGAGAUCUAACUCUUUUCAUGGCUGUGCCAACCAUUUAUGCCAAGCUUGCUGCAUCUUUUGAAGAAAUGAGUGUCGAAAAACAAAAUGAAUGCGCACAGAUAUGUAAACAGUUUCGGGUCAUGGUCAGUGGAUCAAGUGCACUUCCUACAUCUCUAUUUCAGCAAUGGGAAAAAAUCACUGACCAUAGGUUGCUAGAAAGAUAUGGAAUGACAGAGGUUGGUAUGGCUUUGGGAAAUCCACUGGAGGGGCCACGUAUUCCUGGAGAAGUAGGCAACGUACUUCCAGGCGUUCAAAUCAUGCUUCAAUCGCCCUCCACCUCUGCUGACAUCACGCACAUACCUGAUGAGCCAGGCUCACUUCUCAUUAGAGGACCGCAAGUUUUUUCUAGGUAUUGGAACAAACCUGACACGACUCUUGAAUCUUUUGUUGAGCCAGGACAUUGGUUUAAAACGGGUGAUGUAGCGUGCAGAACUCAAACUGGCACAUUCAAAAUUCUCGGUCGUGCUAGCAUGGAUAUUAUUAAAACAGGUGGAUUUAAAGUAUCUGCGUUGGAUAUUGAACGUGAAUUGUAUGAUCAUCCAGAUAUUGAGGAAGUAGCAGUUGUCGGUGUACCGGAUCCCGAGUGGGGAGAACGAGUGGGUGCUAUUGUUGUUCAAAAGAACAAGACUCGGACCAUUACACUCGAUUGCCUUCGAUCGUGGCUUACAUCUCGUCUUGCAUCCUACAAGAUCCCAACAAAGUUGGUGUUCAUUGAAGAGAUACCUCGAAAUACCAUGGGCAAGGUAGACAAAAAGCAGCUCAUCAAGCUAUUCUCCACAGAAUAAAGCAUUGUUUUGAAA